CGAUGAUAUCUGCGGUCUGUGGCAGUAUAGGGAUGAAGACGUCGAGGGAAUCGCAUCCAUCACGAGAUCCACAAUACUUAACACCAGUAAAGAGAUGACUGCCUUUUCGGACUUCCCGGCGCCCAAAGACUUUCCCAAUUAUAUGCAUAACACCAAAAUGCGAGAAUAUCUGACUCUAUAUGCGGACAGAAUUGGAUUCAAAGCAUAUGUGAAACUAAAUCACGAAUUAAUAAAUUGCGAACAAAAUGAUGACUACGAGGGGACGGGCAGGUGGAGGCUAACGGUGCGCGAUAUUCUACGUAAUUGUGUUUUUCAUGAUGUUUUUGAUGGGGUAAUGGUGUGCACCGGGAACUACAGUAAACCAUUGAUGCCGGAGCUCAAGAAUCAAAGUAUAUUUAAAGGACUGGUAUUACAUUCACAUGAAUUCAAACACGCAAAUGGUUUUGAAGGGAAACGAGUGGUAGUCGUAGGGAUCGGUAACUCGGGCGCAGACAUUGGGGUCGAGUUAUCCAAUGUAUGCAAAAAUGUAUACCUGUCCACUCGUGAUGGCAGUUGGAUUGCCAGCCGAUCGGGACCUAUGGGUCAACCGUUUGAUACAUUUCUGUUGCGGCGAUCAUUGUAUUCAAUGUAUAAACUGCUUCCCUAUGGCCUGUCGUGUUGGGCACUCGAGAAAUAUUUGCACAUCAGAUUUGACCACAAAUUAUAUGCAUUGAAACCAAAACACAGGGUAUUAUCUCAACAUAUUGUCAUCAAUGAUGAGUUGCCCAAAAAAAUUAUGACCGGUUUGGCGCACAUUAAGCCAGACAUCCAGGAGUUCACCGAAAAUGGAGUAAUAUUUAGAGGUGAAACUCAUGAAACCACAUGCGAUGCCGUGAUAUACGCCACUGGAUAUGAGAUAUCCUAUCCAUUCAUAUCCCAGACUUUACUGUCCGUUAAUAAAUCGGAUUUUAAUUUAUAUAAACAUAUAUUUUCGCCGCAUUUAACGCAUCCCCAGACACUGGCCUUCAUUGGCUGUAUAGUACCUUUCGGUGCAUUAGCACCGGUAGCCGAGCUCCAGAGCCGCUAUUUCGCGCUACUAAUGGCUAAUAAACUUCAAACGCCUCAUAAGAAACAAAUGCUAAGCGAUAUCAAGCACCGGAAGGCAUGGGUUAAGAAGUAUUUUCCGGACUGUGAAAAGUUUGCACUUCAUGUGCAUUACGUCGAGUAUAUGGAGGAAAUGGCCAGGAUCAUUGGCGUUAAGCCAAAACUAUUCAAGUAUUUCUUUACUGAUCCCAAACUCUGGUGUCACCUAUACUUCGGCCCCUGUGUUCCCUAUCAGUACCGAUUGAAUGGCCCUAAUAAGUGGUCCAACGCUAGAGAGGCUAUACUUACAGUUAAUGACAGAAUUAAAGCGCCGUUUAAGACAAGACAUGAAUAAAUAAUUUGAAUUAUAUUUUGGGAG